UUCGGGUCCGAGGAUUGACGUAUCUUGCCACAGAGUCCUGGUUAGCUCAGGAGUUAAGUCGCGAACUUACUGACCGAAAGGUCCCUUGUUCGAACUCAACCUAUGCACCUCGACUGCUCUUGUCUAGGAUUGGGGAUGCUGGCAGUAUUUCAGCCUUUGGGCAUGGUUUGGGUGAAAUACCAUCCGUGCUCCAAAAGAGUAUUACAGCCGAACCGUUUUUUGACACGGAGCUGAUUCCACGGUUUCGUCUACAGCUUACUAUGCGGAGCCGUUUUAUCGAUUUUGAAACCCUGAAACUGACAACUCUUAGUCCAGUUGUUGGAGACGCUUCCUUUCCUUCAGCAGUAUUCUCGCACCCUGGUCUCGCAAAUCAGAAUUGCCGCGUUGUUCCUAGCAUCGUUCGGCUUGUUCGAAAAUCCGACCGCAGGACGUUCCGGUUGGUCGUGAACCGUUCAAUUCGCAAAUCGGGUCGGCCACCUCAGCAGUCCCAUCCGGAUGGUCUCCCGGUGUCGAUCGCUCCGAAAAAUUUGAGUGUAAAUGACCGUUUGCGCUGUCCGAAUGGUCUCGUGGCGUUUUUCUCCAGACUAAAGCAUGAGCUACCCUCCAUAUAUGCACCAUCAAUUCUGUCGGUCAGCGGAGCCUUCUCUUCUCUCGUGCGGUUUCGUAAGGCAGCCGCCACACAGGGACAUUUCCGUUUCAGACUGGCAAAGAUGGACAUUUUGGAUUGCUUUCAUUCAAUAGAACAUGCCAAACUCAUGGAAGUUUUCAAAGAGAUAUGCGACUACGCGCGGCGAUACCUGUUCCCAGCACCUGAUACUGAGUACCUGGUACAUGAACUCGAGUGGUUCUUACGCGACGCUCUGAUUCUGUUUGAGGGACAGCUUUGCCGUUUUCAAAAAGGCCUAGCUCAAGGCUCCUGUAUCUGUACGGAACUGGCGAAUCUUUACCUUGCGCAUGCCGAUCGGCAAUUUGCACAGGGUUUUCCACUAUGGCAGUCUGGGGUGAAAAUCACAUCGACGUUCUGUAGCACCGUGUUGAGAUACUUGGAUGAUUACCUGUGCAUCACACCCGUGGAUGGCAAUCUAUCUGAAUUCACAAAGCGUGUGGAAGCAAACCUGGAACACUACGGGCUCAAGCUAAACCCAUCGAAAGUGCAAUCGAACGAAAGCACUCGAAUUAUCUGGCUUGGAAUGGAAAUCCAGGACGAUUUGACAAUAAUGAUUCCGCAGGAACCCCCACCACGUUUCUGUCGCUUCACUGGUCGUCCACUAUCGGCCGAAGAUUGUCUCCUCCAUCUUUCGCGGGCUCGUCUACGUUCCGUUGCCUGGCGAUAUGCAUUUAAUCCGUCGUGCGGUAUUCGUCAGCCUUCUCUAAACAUUGGUGAACUCAAUUCUCAAACACACUGGAAUUCUUUAUGUGAGCAAAACGCCCAUCGACUUGGAUACCGGGUCGCUGACCUUGUAUGGGUGUGCGUAAAAACGUCACCAGGACGAAGGGAACUCUUGACCUUGCCCACAGCACGUCAGCUAUCCAUAUGCAUAAUUCGCGGGAUUCGCUCAACGCUGGGUCACAAACGUCUGGAAUGGCUUCGCUUGGCCGUCAAAGCUUUUGCCCAGCGCUUGCGUCCACAUCGUGGUGAACUGGUUAAGUUACUGUCACAAUUACGUAGAUAUCUUCACAAGUGUAUCAAAAUGGAAACGAUAAGAUUUUCACCAAGGUUGUAUUCGUAG